GCCGUUUCUCUUCUGCGUAAACGGAAGUGAACAAUGAACAUUUCCACGUUAGCGGUUUUUAUUGUUAUUUAGACGAUUAUUAACACCAUGGAACUCAAACUAUGAUACAUUUAACCGCACAGCAUCACAUACUUAGCCCAUGUAGUCUUUAAUUCGCGUUGGAUAGAGGACUUGGUUGAUGUAUGUUAUCUAGCUAGGUAACGCUAGUUAGCUGCUAACUUUAGCUAACAAUGGCUAACUGUAUGGUUUUUCACACUCAAAUAGCCUCCAUCAUGGAGGUGCUAGCGAAUGCAGCCGUGGCAGAGAUUUGUAAACUCGUAGACGACGACUAUGCAGAGUUUCGUUUGGAAAUAACUCAAAGCCAGAAAGAAAACAGGGGAUUGCGGAGGAAACUACAGCUACUGGAACUGAAGGUGGCACGGGAGCGCAUACUACCCAGUCGUCCCAGCAGUGUCAAGAUCCUUGACCGAUACAGAAGCAUAGCAAGAGGUGAAGGACAUCUCACUGGAGGCCACAGGAGUGUUGUGAAGCCAACAGGACAAAAUAGAUGGAGAGAUGACCAACCAAUCACUGUUGAUGAGGGGAGAGGAACCUCAACCCAGCAUGUUAUUGUGAUAGAGUCUGCAGAUGCUGCAGGUCCUGGGGUCAAGCUGGAAAGGUCUGAAGGAGAGGAGGACCCACAACACAGCAGCGACAACCAGACUGGAGUGCCCCCUGUAGCCACGGAGGACCUCACCACCACCCCAGUGCAGCCCAGGAGCCGACGCAGCAUCAUGGAGGAGAAGGAGGAUCUGGGGAACCCUGAGGGGACCAUGUUCAUGGAGGACAACCAGACUACACCUCCUCCUGAACCCACAGAGGAACCAGCUGAGCAGCACAGGACCACACACAGUCUCCCUGAGUCAGUAGACAUGGAGGAUGGGAUGCCUGAUCUGCUGCUAGUCAAAGAGGAGGCAGUAGAAGACAGACCAGAGAGCAUUGACCUGCUGAGUGGACUAAAGAUGGGUGGGCAAGGUGGUUGGCUGGAGGCUAACAGAGGAGACUGGGUGGCCAUCUUGGAUUCCCAAACUCAGACGGGUGCAGCCAAGGGCCCAGGGGACAACAUCACUGAGCAGGCCAGGACCAGAGGCAACAUAGUGGAGGAUAGUGGAUGGGACAGCGUCCUCAACUCUGGGCUGGUGAACAACAAUGUUAACCACAACCAGAAACAGACAGUGGAACACAAAACAACAUACGAACUUAGUCUCCAUGACAACAGACUAGCUGAGACCAGGGCGAGGUGUAGAUUUGGUUCACGGGGACAGAGAGGUAUCCGUAUGCAGCUGGAGAGAACAGACACAGACUCGGCUAGUGAUGCGCCGUCCUGCUCCUUUAGUUGUGAUUCAGAGAGACUGAUGGCGCCUCAGGUUACCCCCCUAACAGGUGCUGCCUUCAGCCUGCCUUCUAUAGGAUCUAUCAACUGGAAUAUGGACCCUGCGACAACACAGACACUUCCUGGCCUUCAUCCUCCUCACACUCUCCUAAUGUUAAACCAGACCUCAGGCAAUAGUGCCUCAACACUAAAUGGCUACACAAGCCCAUUGACAAAUGACAGUAGUAGUAUUAAUGCUGUCAGUCGAUCUGGUGGAAAAGAGAAGCGCUUCCCGUGUCCUUUCUGUGGGAAAGCCUUCAGUUUCCCUAAACAGGUGCAGAUCCACCAGAGGGUCCACACAGGGGUAAAACCCUUCAGCUGUACCCAGUGUCACAUGUGCUUCGCUCAAACUGGUGACCUGAAGAGGCACCAGAGGGUUCACACAGGGGAGAAACCCUACAGCUGCCCCCAGUGUGAGAAGAGGUUCUCGCGCAAGCACCAGCUGAAUAGGCACCUGAAGGUUCAUACGGGAGAGAGGCCAUUCGCCUGUACGCAAUGCAGGAAGAGGUUCUCAGAGAGGAGCAACCUCAGGAUACACCAGCAGAAAGACCAUUCCACUCUGACAUAGAAAGGAACCAUAUCACCCGAUACCUUCUGAGAUUUAGAUCAAACCCUGCAUUAAAGAGAAAGAAUAAUUGUCAUUGUUGUCAGCGGAAAAGAUCCACAUGCAUUUGGAAUGACAGAUUUCAGUGUUGAAUAUUGCAUCCAGACAUUGUGAUAUACACUGAGUGUACAAAACAUUAAGAACACCUUCCAAAUAUUUAUUUGCACCCCCCCAUUUUGCCCUCAG